AUGGAUGUUUUAUGUAAAAAUUUUUCAUUAAUAUUAGAAAUUGAUUAUGAAAUAAAUAGUAAAAUUAAAUUAGAAAAGGAAGAAUUAUUUUUUAAAGUUUGGAGAAAUGUUUUUAUAAGAAAUAAAUGUAUAUUUUAUCAUUUAAGGAAUUUUAAAAUUGCAAAUUUUAAUAUAAAACAUAAUUUUGAGAGUUUAAGAGAAUAUCCAUUAAGAAAUUAUUUAACUGGAUUGAAAAUUACAAAUGACGAAACAUUACAAAAUGAUAUAGAUUUUGGAUCAACAAUUCCAAAUAAAAUAAUUCCAAAUUCUGUUGGAUUAUUAAUAAUAAAUCAAAAUAUAUUAAUAUCAAAAGGAGAUUUACCAGAUUCAAUUCAUACCUUAGCUUUUGGUAAAAGAUUCAGAGAAUUAAUUUCAAAUGAUAUGAUACCAAAAAAUGUAAUUAAAUUAAAGUUGGGAUAUCAUACUAAAAUUGAUGAAGAUUUUAUUUUACCAAAAUGUAUAAAAUCAUUAUCCAUUGAAAGAAAAUCACAAUUAUCAUUAUUAGAUCAAGUUACAUCAUCAAUUGAAUAUUUAGGUAUUAAUGAAUGUGAUGCAGAUACAAAAAUUCCAACUACAAUUAAAAGUUUAGGUUUAACUUCAAAAUUUCAUAAUAAACUUCCAAUAAUACCACCAAAUAUCGAAUACCUUCAUAUUGGAAAUAAAUUCAGUAAAGAAAUUGAUUUUUUAGAUUUAAAACAUUUAAAAAUUUUAAAAAUUGGUAGAUCGAAAAAAUUUAAAUCCUUAUCUGACAUUGCUCUUUCACUAAAACAACUAAUUUAUUUAAAAGUAUACUCUGAAUUUUAUUUAUUGGAAUAUCAUUAUAAUUUUACAUCACUUCAAAUUUUAUGUUUUAAUGAUCAAUUAAUAGAAAUUUUUGAAGGUUUUGUGGACCUUAAAAAUUAUAUUUAA